AGUCUGUCCUUCAUUGACCUCUGUAAUUCCACUAUUGUUACCCCCAAAAUGCUGGUCAAUUUCGUGAUGGAAAAGAAUGUUAUCUCCUUCCCUCAAUGCAUGACUCAACUCUACUUCUUCUUAGUUUUUGGUAUCUCAGAAUGUCACAUGUUGGCUACCAUGGCUUAUGACCGCUAUGUUGCCAUCUGUAGCCCCUUGCUUUACAAUGUUACCAUGUCUCCUCAAGUAUGUUGCUGGUUGUUUGCCGAGGUGUACAGCAUGGGCUUGGUUGGUGCCACGGCUCACACAGUCUGUUUGCUGAGAUUGCUUUUCUGCAAGGCUGAUGUAAUAAACCAUUACUUCUGUGACCUUUUGCCAUUACUGGAGCUCUCCUGCUCUAGCACUUUUGUCAGUGAGGUAGUAGCUCUCUGUUUAAGUGCAUUUAAUAUUCUUCUCCCAGCCUUGACCAUUCUUAGCUCGUAUAUCUUCAUCAUAGCCAGCAUUCUCCGCAUUCGCUCCACUGAGGGCAGGUUUAAAGCCUUCAGCACUUGUAGCUCCCACAUCUUAGCUGUUGCUGUAUUCUUUGGUUCUCUGUCAUUCAUGUACCUGCAGCCCUCAUCAGUCAGCUCCAUGAACCGAGGGAAAGUGUCCUCAGUGUUUUAUACUACUGUUGUUCCAAUGCUGAAUCCCCUAAUCUAUAGUCUAAAGAAUAGGGAUGUAAAAAUUGCCUUAAAAAAGUUCUUUGAAAAAAGAAAGUUCUUGUGA